UCCGGCUCCCGCGGUGUCUACACCGGCUGGCAGUGCGGAGCGCAGUCUGGACGGGACCCCGCCGGCGCGUGGCGCCAUGAGCCGCAGCCUGGACGCCGCGCGGAGCUUUCUGGAGCGGCUGGAGGCUCAGGGCGGCCGGGAGGGGGCGGUCCUCGCCGGCGAAUUCAGCGACAUCCAGGCCCGCUCUGCCUCCUGGAAGACUCACGGCGUGUGUUCCACCGAGGCGGGCUGCCAGCCGGGAAACGCAAGGAAGAACCGCUACAAAGACGUGCUGCCGUACGAUCAGACACGCGUGGUCCUCUCCCUGCUCCGGGAAGAGGGGCAUGGCGACUACAUCAAUGGCAACUUUAUCCGGGGUGCGGACGGAAGCCAGGCCUACAUCGCCACGCAAGGACCCCUGCCUCACACCCUGCUAGACUUCUGGCGACUGGUCUGGGAGUUUAGAGUCAAGGUGAUCCUGAUGGCAUGUCAAGAGACAGAGAACGGGCGGAAAAGGUGUGAGCGCUACUGGGCCCAAGAGCAUGAGCCACUACAGAUUGGGCUUUUCUGCAUCACCUUGACAAAUGAAAAGUGGCUGAAUGCAGAUAUAAUGCUCAGGACCCUCAAGGUCACAUUCCAGAAGGAAUCCCGUUCUGUGCACCAGCUGCAGUUUAUGUCCUGGCCAGACCAUGGGGUCCCCAGUAGUCCUGACCAUAUGCUCGCUAUGGUGGAGGAAGCCCAUCGCCUCCAGGGAUCUGGCCCUGGACCCCUCUGUGUCCACUGCAGCGCCGGCUGCGGGCGAACCGGCGUCCUGUGCGUGGUGGACUACGUGCGGCAGUUGCUCCUGACCCAGACCAUCCCAUCUAACUUUAGCCUCUUCGAUGUUGUCCUGGAGAUGCGGAGGCAGCGGCCCUCGGCAGUGCAGACAAAGGAGCAGUACAGCUUCCUGUACCACACGGUGGCUCAGAUGUUCCGCUCAGCAAUCCAAAACGCCAGCCCCAGCUACCAGAACCUCAAGGAGAAUGGUGCCCCACUCUACGAUGACGCCCUCUCCCUCCGGACUUCCCCAUCCCUUCUUGCCAUCCCGCGCCCGCCAAGCCCAGGAGGGGUGCUCAGCUCAUCAACUAUUUGCUGGCCCUUUGUUUUGAGCUUGGGGAGCCCUCCCCCAGGUGACUUUUAUCCCAGCGGUCCCACUGCCUCUGCCUCUGAGGGUGGCCCGCGGCGGGCUCGGCCUCUGGCGGUUCCGGCCUGUCUGUCCGGUCCCGGCGUGGAGGCACGUGGUCCCGCCCUGGGGCCGCCUUCUCCCGCGGGCGCCGCCCCUGGCUCGCCCACCCGGGGGCGGAUCUCGGGACUCCGCGGGCUGCCCGAGCUGAGCCGUGGGGGCCGUUUCUUGCCCGCAGCUCCGGCCGAACAAAGUCCCGCCGGGUCUGGCGCCUACGAGGACGUGGCGGGCGGAGUUCAGGCCGGUGGGCUAGGCUUCAACCUACGUAUUGGGAGGCCGAAAGGGCCCCGAGACCCUCCUGCAGAGUGGACCCGCGUGUGAGUGCUGCGCCAGCGCCUGCCUGUUCCUCCCUGUGAGCCCUGGAGUGCUGACAACCACCUGCAGCUGUGCAUGUGUUGAGAAUGGAAACACUAGACUGGGACCAAAAUAAAAGAUUCUCAGGGUGGGAAA